AUGUCGACUAUUAUUAAAUUUGAUUUGAAAGAGUUAAGAAAACUAGCCAAUGACAAAAAUUCAUGCGUGGUUGAAAAAAAAGUAACUCAAAAUUUAGCACUACAACCCUGGUGUUUAGGAAACUUAAAAGAGUCUAUUAAAAAGUUAUUAGAUUAUAAAAUAGGAAAAUAUGACAAGGAAUUUCAAGGCAUCAUUAUGAGUUAUAAAAAUCUUCGUGUCCUUCAAAAUAUUGGCUCCAUACGAAAUGACAAUGCAGAUAUUCAUUUCCAAGUUCAAGCUGACUAUUUUAUAUUUCAACCACAUGUAGGGGCAACCUUAAAAGGUGUUGUCAACAAAAAGAGUACAACACACUUAGGAAUACUUGUCCACAGAGUAUUUAAUGUGGUCAUCCCAAGACCUACAGAAGAACCAGACAAUAAAUGGAUUGGGACAAGCAUUGAAGAAGGGCAAGAAAUUGUUUUUCAGAUUGUAGUCCUUGAUCUCUAUGGUGCUUUGCCUUAUAUUCGAGGAGAGCUUGAUGAAAGUUGGCUGGAGACAUUGAAUGAAAAGGAUGAUAUAACAGAGUCAUACAGCACAAAGUCAAAACCUAUUGAGGGCACUGAAAUUCUC